AUGGGUGACCCGCAGUACAUGAAGUUCCCCGACCUCAGACUGGCCCAGUCCGUCUUCACCCUCGCCUCGCCCUCCACCUCGUCGUCAGCGAAACAAUCAUCCCUCACAGCCCUUCAAGAUGCCAUCCGAGAGCACAAGAUGGCUCCUCUUUACCACUACCUCGCACAUCCCCAGACCGGCAAGCUGAACGCCUCGGGAGAGUCUGGCUCGAGCCAGAAGACCUCAUCAUCCUCGCCCGUGCCCUCGCUACGAAGAACAUCCAGCAUCAACACAACCAGCAUCAUCGGCGUCCUUGGCGGUUUUAAGCAGACCGGCGGAGCUGACUUGCCAUGGGAUGAGAAGUUGUACGAAGAGAUGAAGCGCGAGAACGAGGAAGAGCUGGCCGCCAUCCAGAAGGAGGAGGACGAAGCUGCCGAGCGCGAAGGCGACACCGAGGUCAACACUGCCCGUGGCAAGCGCGCAGAGCUGUAUGCCCGCAUUGGUGACAAGGACAAGGCCCUCGAGGCUUUUGAGAAGUUGCUGGAAAAGACGGGUAUCCUGGCCUCCAAGAUCGACAUUGUGCUGGCCAUCAUCCGCAUUGCCAUGUUCUUCGACGACAAGAACCUGGUCAAGAAGAGUGUUGAGCGCUGUUCGGCUUUGGUCGAAUCUGGUGGUGACUGGGUAUGUUGCAUGACAUCUUCUCUACUACACGUCUAA